UUUCUCGAGAUGCACUUUCAAACAUAGAACCCUAGAUAAUAUUCCCUUAAUCUUUUAUUUCUUUUUUAUCCUAUCAUUCUGCCGCAUCGUCUCAAGACUCUCGACCUCUUCAUCUCUGUUGCUUUCUCUCAAUCUCUCUACCCAAAACCGCGAGGAACUUCCUUCAAUUCUGAUUUUCUAUACACAUCUUUCUCCUUUUUUUUCUACUUUAAGAACUUCAUAACCAAAUAUGCUUUUGAGGGUGAUUGUUGUUGUAUAGAUUUGUUAAGAAUAUUGAUAGAUGUUGGUAAGGGUGAUUGAUUACUGUAAGAAGCAUGUCGAGAAUCCUAUGAGAUGGUUGUUCUGCUGAUAAUGAAUUUGUUAAAAUCGAUUAGCCUACCUUGUUCUAUUUUAUCCGAUGAGGGCUCUAGAGUAAACAAUGAGGUGAAGUCGUUGUUGGGUUCAACAUUGAUGAACUGAGAAUUUAAGAAUGUCAUGGAGCUGAGAAUGAUACAAACUUGUGAUGUUUUUGGCUGACUCUUGAGCUAAGAAUUCAGAGAAGGAAGAGUCUGGUAAAACUAAGCCCACUAUAUUUUUUGGUACUCGGACUGGUAUUGCUGAAGGAUUUGCUAAGGUAUUGGCAGAAGAAAUUAAGGGAAAGUACAAGAAAGCAUUUGUUAAAGUAGUUGACCUGGUAAGUGUUGCAUGAAUUGUUGUCUGCAGCUUAUGAAAUGCCUGCUGAUUACAGUUCAAUUACAAGUCUUAUUAAGAAAUCUAGAAACGACGAGGAGAACCAAACUAGGGUUUCUUCUGCGACGAUGUCUUUAGGUGAUGGAAAUUCACAUGAAAUUGAUGGGGAUUUGCAUAGUAGACAGCUUGCUGUUUAUGGAAGAGAAACUAUGCGGAGACUUUUUUCUUCCAAUAUCCUUGUUUCUGGGAUGCAAGGUCUCGGUGCAGAUAUUGCAAAAAAUCUUAUCCUUGUUGGUGUAAAAUCUGUGACAUUGCACGAUGAGGGAAAUGUUGAACUAUGGGACUUGUCCAGCAACUUUAUUUUCUCAGAGGAUGAUGUUGGAAAGAAUCGUGCAGUUGCUUCUGUAACGAAGCUUCAAGAACUGAAUAAUGUUGUUUUAAUUUCUGCUCUAUCAACCCCUUUGACUAUGGAUCAACUCUCUAAUUUCCAGCAAAGUUGUGAAGGAAGAGCAUGCUGUGACUUGUCGUACCGCGACUGCAAAGUGUAUCAAUGGAUUGUCAAGCCACAGACUACUGUCAAGUUGAAUGAGAUGUUUCUUCCUGGUCGAAUGUCAUUUAUCUUCAACAUGGUUCCCGAUAGUGGGUCAUGGAAUUACCACAUCAAUGGAGUGAAGCAUAACACUAAUCUGACGUGUGGGAUAAAGCUGGGAUCGAUGGUGACACUGAGAACAUCAGCUCGUUUGGUGGGAUAGCCUUGGCUUAUGAACUAUCUAUGAACUGACUGGCAUCUGAUUGUUGCUUUUCAAUGUAGUUUUGUAAGUUACAAUGUAGGAAGUUUCUAUGAACUCAGCAAGUUUUUUAACUUAGAAUUUGAUACUUACAAGAAUUUUGGUACUUAGAAGAAUUUAUUUUCUUCUUUGAUUGAAAGUUAUAUGAAUUGAAUGAUCUUCUUUGAUUGAAAGUUAUAUGAAUUGAAUGUUCUUAUUUGAUUGAAAGUUAUUUGAAUUGAAUGAAUGUGAUGGAAUG